AGCGUAAUGAGGUUGGUGGUGGUGGCCGGAGGUGGUGCGCGCGUUGUAAGAGCCGUCAACAGCUGGCCAAGGCGCGGCGGUUGGGCGGUGUUGGGUCAGUCAUGCAUGGGUAGAGCAUAUCGAAACGUCAAGUAUUGAUCAAGUAUUGUGUUUUUAUGCACAAGUAGUGAAGUGGUGAUUGGGACUGCUCGGCGUUGUCACCGUACGCUUGCUGACACGCACGGAAUUCUAUUCGCGCCAAUCUAGAUGGUCAGUUAAUACUUCAGGAACCUAGUCGGUAUAAGCAAUCUUAAUUUUAUGUUAGGAUGUGUAGGACACAGCCAUAAUUCACUAAGCGUUGGGAUGCUGCUUAAGCCCCAGGUUGGCCCAUCGGGCCUGGCAGGCAAGCCUAGGACGGUUCUCCAACCGAUACGCUUGCAAUCUCGUAUUACUACCAGUUCUGUGUGGCGACGUCCUCAGCAGUUUGGCGGGAUACAGCAGCAGUCGUCGCUCGGCCGUGUUGCAUGCAAGGCUGCUCCACAGCCGGGCCCACCGCCGAUUGCGCCGAAUGUAGACCCAAACAUUAAACUUAAAAAGCGAUUUUGGACAGUUCUGGAUGUCGUCGCAAUUUUUGGUUCCGUCGGUGGUGCGCUGGCGGCCAUUCUCAACCUGUUUCCGGGAACGUACAUGCUUUUCCUGCCUCUGGUGCUUCCAGUAGUAUCGCUGCUUUCUGCGCUUCAACGCGAAGGCUUAAUUGCCGAGGACAACCGCCGCGCCUAUGACACGCUGCGCCUCUCCCUCUCCCGCGACAGCUCCUCGCUGCUUGCGGAUGCGCGCGGCGCCCUGGAGGAGGUGCGCGUGGAGCUGCGCGGGCAGAACACCACCGCGGCGCGGCUGGCCACCAUUGAGGCGCGGCUGAGCUCGCUGGAGGGCUCCAUUCUGAGCGCGGGUCGCAGUGCCCGCGAAGCUGCAGCGGGUCUGACCCUGCUGCCGGAGCGGCUGCAGUCGGAGCAGCGGGGCGCGCUGGAGGGGCUGCUGGUGGGGGUGCGGGCGGAGCUGAGGAGGGCGGCGGAGGCGCUGGCAAACAGCGAGACCAGCGCGCUGGCCAGGCUGGAUGCGCGGCUGGCGGCCGUGGAGGGCUCUCUGUCGGGUCUGGAGGUGAGUCAGAGUGAGGGGCUGCGGCGGCUGUCCAUGUCGCUCAACUCGGCGCUGGCGGACGCGGAGGCGACACUGCAGAGCGGAGUGCGGAACGAGGUGGCCAGGUCCAUGGAGCCGGUGCGGCGGCUGCCCCAGAUGCUGGCCGCCGCCCUGCCGCCCGCGCUGGCGGCAGCGGAGGCGGUGGAGGCGAGCAGCGGAGGAGGGGGCGGAGGCGGGAAUGGGGUGCUGGGCAUGGGGGCAGCAGCGGGGGUGGGGAAGGGAGGCGUGGGCGCGGCCGGGAUGCCGGUGGUGGCAGUGUCGGCAGAGCAAUUGCAGGCGCUCCUGGGUCAGGAGGUGGAGGUGGCGGUGGGGCGCAUCCUGGACUACCAGGCGGAUGCGUUCGGCCGUCUGACAGCCGUACGACCCGCCCCCAUGGACGAGGAGCAAUGGUCUGCGUUGGGCCGCCGCCUGAGCCGCCUUGAACGCCUGGUGGAGGGGGUUCCCGCGGGUACGGAAGCCUCACUCGUACAGGGAGGGCAGCUGGCGGCGGCGGUGGCGGCUGUCGUACGGGAGGCGCUGGCGGAGCAGCUGGCGGAGGCGCGCGCUGAUGUGGCGGCGGCGGCGGCGCGUGAGGCGGAGGGCGUACGGAAUGACGUACUGGCGGCGCAGACGGUGCUGCGGGAGAGUUUGGAUGGGCUGACGGCGGCGCUACAACCGGUGGUGUUGGGCGUUACAGAGCUGCAGGUGGCUGUGGCGGAGGUGGCGGAGGUGCAGCGGCAGCAGCUGGCAGCGGCGGCGGAGGUGGCGCCGCCGCCGCCGGCGGUCCUCGACAUUGGUGGCGACGGCGACGGCGACGCGUCCAACGUCCCGCCGCCGCCGCCGCUGCAGCAGCAGCCGUUGCCGCCGGCUGAGCUGGCUCGGCUGCUUGACGGCGUGACGGCGGUAGCGCGGCUGUUGAGGGACGUGGACGCGAAGAUGGAUGGGGUGACGACGGCGGUGGCGCUGCUACCCGAGCAGCUGGCGGCGGCGGCAGCGGCAGCGCCUCCGCCAUCUGAGGCGGCGGUGGCGGAGGCUCCGGAGCUGCCACCGGCGGUGGCUUCCGCCACCGCGGCGGAGGCGGCGGCAGCGGCGGAGGCGGCCCGGCAGCAGCAACUAGAGCUCCAGGCGGCCGUGGCGGGUAUGCGGGAGGCGCUAGCAUCGCUAGCGACGCAGGUUAGCGAAAUGGCGAGCAGCUCGCAUGCUACAGCCGCACAAACCGCCGCUACCUCCGCCGCGAUCCCCGUGACACUUGCGGAGAUGCCGUCGGCAGCGGCUGCUGACGACAGCAGCAGCAGCAGCAGCGAUGCUGGUGUCAACAGCAACCGUUUUGCUGAGAUCUUGGCGUUCGAAGCAGGGCUGACGGCGGAGGCGGAGGUUGUCGGCGGUGCUGGCGGAGGCAGCGGCGCUGGUUCGGCGGCGGCGCCGUCAGCGGCGACAAGUCGUCAGGAGGCGUACGACAUGAUGCUACAGCUGGCGGAGGCGCGGCGGCGGUCAGCAGGGUCGCCGGCGGCGGCGGCGGCGGCGGCGGAGGCUCGUGGCAGCAGUAGCAGCAGCAGCCGUGGUGGCGGAGGCGGUGAUGUGGCGGAGGCGGGGCAUAUUCAAAUUGAAGGGUUGCCGCCGUUUGAACAAGGAGGCAUGGAGGAGCUGCCGCCGCUGCCGCCAACCCAGGAAGAGGUAGAGGAGGAGCAGCGGCGGCAGCAGCAACAACAGCAGCAGCAAGAUAGGAAACAGCAACAGGAGCAGGAGCAAGAGUGGGGUGCCCCAGGGCAACAUGAACAGCAUCCGCAGCAGUUUCAGUUCCCGGCACCGCAGCAGGAGUACCCCCUGCAGGUGCAGCAAGAGCAGCAACCUCUGUACCCUCCGCCGCCGCCGCCGCUGCAGCAGCAGCAGGAGCAGCAAGGGCCGUACCCACCUCCUUCUGCUUACUCCUCAGCAGCGCUACCACCAUCGCCUUCACCGCCCUCCUUGCCGUACAAUGACGUUGGCGUCGUGUAUACUGGCGGCGGCGUUGACGGCGCCAGCAUGGAUGCCGCACUGCCGUACACGGAACGGAUGUACGGCUCGCCAGGCUUGUCGUACAAUUGGCAACAGCAGCAAGUACGGCAAGAACAACAGCAACCGGCAUCGUCGCCGACGCCGCCUCCGUCGCCAUUUCCUCAACAGCAACAGGAGCAACAAUCCUGGUCUGAAACCAUGCAGGCAUCUUCCUCAUCUCCACAACCUUUCCUGCAACAACAACCACAACAGCAGCAACAACAACAAGAGCAACAAUCCAUGGGGGCACCAGCACCGGCGGCAGUACCACCCUCCCAGUAUGGUUACCCUCAUCAUCCUCCUCCUUCCUCCUCGCCGCAACCUCCGCUGCCUCCGCCGUCGUACAUUUGGAGCCCCGCUGCUGCCGUACAGCCGCCGCCCGUGUGGCCAGCAACCUCCGUGACGGGGCAACCCAAUGCUGCUGCCGGCCCCUUGUCAGCACCCCCCACCUCCGCAUCCACGCCGCUUCCCUCCCAGCCACCUCCCCUGCCACCGCAAGCCGCUGCCGCUGCCGCUGCUACCCCGCCCCAGCCGGCGACGGUGGUACCCUCGAUGUCGCCGCUGCCUGCCGCCUCGGACUACCUGCCUCGGUCGCUGGAGGGGUUGAGUCCGAAUGAGAUGAUUGGGGAGGGGCUGCGGUUGCUGCGGCUGGGGCGGGAGGAGACGCGCAAGGGAGAGGACUACGGGCUCGCGGACACGCUGGUGCAGGCUGCCAUCGCCGCCUUCUCCGCCGCCUCCGCCGCCGCGCCGCAGGACGCCAAGGCGUACGGCAACCUGGGCAAUGCGCUGCUGGCGCGCGGGGAGCUCAAGGCCGCCUACCUGGAGGCCUUGCGCUCCGGCCCUCCGCCAGCCAGCCUGCCCGAGGCGGAGGCCCAGCGGGCAGCGGAGGCGGCAAUGACGGGGGAGGCCAAUGCGCUGCUGACGCAGGCGGGGGUGAUGUUUAUGAAGGUGCUAGAGAUGGAGGGGUGGAGCAGCCGGGCGCUGGUCAACUGGGGCCGGGCGCUGGUCAUCCGGGCUGACCUGCUGGCCGCCUCACCCGAGGGCAUGGCCGCUUCUGCAGCAGUUGUGGCAGGAGGGGGAGGAGCAGGAGGAGGUCUGGGCAGCAGCAGCAGCAGUCCGGUGCUGGCGGCUGUGGCCCAGCUGUACACCUCGGCCAUCAACAAGUUCGAGGGGGUGUUGGAGGGGGAGCCUGACAUGGUGCCCGCGAAGUACAGGUGUGCCCUAGCCAUGGCCGGCCUCUCCCGCACCAAGCCCCCGGCCAGCCGCGAGUCCCUCGCGCUACUGUCCGACGCCAUCAACUACCUGCGAGACGUGCUCG